GGAAGCAUCUGGCCAAUAUAGUUCACGAGUGUUGAGAGUGUCUAAAGUUUUUUUUUGUGAGAGGGCUAAAGCCAUCAAGUGCGUCGAUAUGUUCAAGUUUGGCGCUCUGUGCGUCCUUUUGGCCCUUGGCCAGGCUUCUGCUGCGUCUGAACCCAUGACACUGGAUCAGAAGAUGGAACUCUUCUCCUCUGUGUGUGUCCAUGAACCCCAUGGUACAAUGCUGGCUGAUCCCUUCGAUUGCAACUCAUUCAUAGUUUGCGAUCAUGGAAAGACGUCUGUUAAGAGAUGCGAUGGGAGACUGAGGUAUGAUCCUCGUCUGAGGGUGUGCAACUGGCCAGAUCAAGUGCAGUGCGGAGAGAGCCCAAGUCUCCCACCGAAUAAUAACACCCCUAUUCGAUGCUAUGGCUACGACAGCGUCUACUUCAUUGCGGAUACAAUGAAUUGUGAGAAAUACUACAUCUGUGCCAAUGGAAUUCCCUACCAGCAUCACUGUGCCCCAGGAGUUCACUGGGAUUACAUUCACAAUCAAUGUGACUACCCCGGAAAAGCUUUCUGCUACGAGAAGGGAGACAAUAAUGUGGAAGAACCAGAGGAGCCAGAAAUUACUGAACCCGAGGAAGAUGAACCCCUGCCAGAUUGCACAGGUGAGCAGAAGUUCUUCCCCUACCCCGAAGAUUGCUCCAAGUACUACAUCUGCAUUGGGGGUUCUCCCUUCAUCAUGAGCUGCCCCAGCAACUACUACUGGAAUGCUCCACGCUUCCAGUGUGACCUACCUGACUCUGCCAAGUGUGAGGCUAAGCAACGCUCCUAAAGCAGCAAUACUUCAUCGCGAAAACUUCUCGGAAAUAACUACCUAUUUACCAUUUUAUGAAGAAAAUCUUCGAGUGCAGUAACUGAGGGAAAACUUCCAAGUGACCCUUUGGAGGCAUCCAGUGACUUCUGUUAAACUAAUUUGAGGGAAUUUAAAUUGAUGUAUAUUGAGAUGGGAAUUCAAAUAAUAAAAAUGCUUUCAUUUCCAAUAGGAA